CUUCUUUGGAAGUUAUAUAGAGAGCAAGAGAGCAAGAGAUAAAGAAGAGAGAGAGAGAGAGAGAGAGAGAGAGAGAGAGAGAGAGAGAUGAAGGACUUAGCAGGGAUGUGGCAUCUCUUUGCUUGUGUUUUUCUUGUUCAAUUAUCAGGAUCAAUUGUGAUACCUGCUAUCAUUGAUGUAGCAAUGGAAGCUCUUUGUCCUGGCAAGGAUGUGCCUCUUGCUAUCUAUCUUUCUGGUUUCCAACAAGCUGUCACUGGUUUAGGGACACUUAUUGUGACACCCUUAAUUGGCAAUCUCUCCGACAAGCAUGGCAGGAAGGCUUUGCUCACACUUCCAAUGACUAUUGCAAUCAUUCCCCUUGCAAUAUUAGCUUAUGAUAGAUCAAGAAUAUUCUUUUUAUGCAUAUUUUUGCUGUCAAGAUGUUUACUGGUAUUUUCUGUGAAGGCAGCAUGCAAUGCCCUUUCACUUGCUUACACGGCAGACACAGUGAGUGAGCGCAGUAGAGCUUCAGCAUUUGGUGUGCUCUCUGGUGUAUCAAUGGCCGGCUUUGUCUCCGGAACCAUCACCGCUCGCUUCCUCCCUCCCUCCUCUUCCACCUUCCAACUUUCCACCAUUGUUGCCAUUGUUGGAGCUCUCUACAUGAGAGUUUUCCUUACCGAAACUAAACGAAGGGGAACUAGCAUUAAUGGGUCUUCGCAACCUCUUUGUCCUUCUUGUCCGGCUAAUGCCGAUGCAAGCUCUCCGCCGAAGCUUUCUCCUCUUCGGAAUGUGCCUUCUCUCAAUGAUAUGAUUUAUCUUCUCAAGAGCAGCUCAACCAUGUCAAGAGCGGCAGUUAUAGUGUUCUUUAACGGUCUUGGUGAGACCCGGCAUUCAAAGCUUCUCUAUUGGAUCAAUCAUUUGAAUUUUAUAAGAUGUUCUCCAAAAAGAGUAGGUAUUUCAUUCCCUUAUGAGUACUAUCUUAAAGCACUGUUUCACUUUAACAAAGAUCAAUUUGCCGAUUUAUUGUUAAUUGUCGGGAUCGCAGGGGCCAUCUCACAGUUGAUUCUAAUGCCACUGUUAGCACCAUUAGGAGAGGAAAAGCUACUAAAUAUUGGUCUCUUAGCAGGAUGUGCGAAUAUCUUCCUUUACAGUGUUGCAUGGUCUUCAUGGGUUCCUUAUCUUGCUUCAUCUUUUGUAGUUUUGUCUGUUUUUACACAUCCUUGUAUAAGGAGUAUUGUAUCAAAAAAGGUUGGAUCCGAUGAGCAGGGAAUGGCUCAAGGGUGCAUUACAGGGAUUGCAUCAGUUGCUAGCAUUUUAUCCCCAUUAGUGUUCACUCCUUUAACCGUAUUAUUUUUAUCGGACAAUCCACCUUUCAAUUUUAAAGGAUUCAGUAUAAUGUGCAGCGGAUUCUCAACACUUGCAGCAUUUACAUUGAGCAUCAUGAUGAGGGACAUGACUGAACCAAUUUUGUACAGCAAACAUGUUGAUGUUGAUACUAUCCAUGCACAAGUCUAAAUAUCUGAAGAAUAUGCCAAUUCACUAAUUGUGUUUCUUGACUGUUAUGCACUAGAAAAAUGAAAAUAUAUAGAUAGAACUUUAUCAUCCUUGUUGUAUAAAUUACUUAUAUAUAUUAUUAAUUGAUGUAUAUUCAGCA